GUCAAAGUUAGCCGCCCACUGCUGGGGUGGGUCGGGCGGCAGAGGCAGACGAGCGGAGCUGACCAUGGCUAUGCCAGGCUCCUUCCUGCUGUUGGUCGAAGGGUCUUGGGGCCCCGACCCCCCGAAGAACCUGAGCACCAAGUUGCAGAUGUACUUCCAGAGCCCGAAGAGAUCGGGAGGCGGAGAGUGCGAAGUCCGUCAGGAACCGGGCACACCAGGGCGCUUCCUAGUGUUCUUCCAUCCAGUGGACGUUCGGCAAAAAGUUCUGGAGAAAAAGAACCAUGAGUUAGUAUGGCCAGGAAAAGGUACAUUCAAGUUAACUGUCCAGUUGCCCACAGCCCCAGACAAGGUCCAAGAUGUCUUUGAGGGGGAAAUUUCAACAAAGGAACCGGAGACCAAAGAACAUGCUGAAGAAACAGAUGUGUCAGAAGAACUGCAUACAAAACUUUGUCUCAAUAGAAGAUCAGAAAACGUGGAAGAUACCCCAGAAGAAUGUGAAAAUAUUUCCUCUUUGGUUGCAUUUGAAAAUCUCAAGGCAAACGUAACUGAUAUAAUGUUAAUCUUGCUAGUGGAGAACAUAAGCGGCCUGUCCAAUGAUGAUUUUCAAAUGGAAGUAAUACGAGAUUUUGAUGUUGCUGUAGUUACCUUUCAGAAAUGUAUAGAUGCUGUGAAAUUUGUUGAUGAUUGUGCCAGGCACCAUUCAGUGAGACAACUUCAGCUUUCUCCAAGACUUCUGGAAAUGACAAAAACAAUCAGGGUUGAAAACCUGCCACCUGGGGUUGAUGAAUGUAAUUUGAAAUGUUUAUUUGAAAAUCCUCAAAAUGGAGGAGGAAGAGUUGCCAGUAUUCAGUGUUUGCCUGAAGAGAGUUCAGCUCUGAUUGAGUUUUUUGACGAAAAAGUGUUACACACCAUCAUGACCAAGAAAUUUGUCCUCAGUAAUAUGCCACUCUCUGUGUUUCCAUACUAUGCCUCUUUGGGCACAGCCUUGUACGGAAAGGAGAAACCUCUGAUCAAGCUUCCAGCACCAUUCACAGAAUUAUUAGAUCCUCCCUUAUGGAGGUUCUUACAGAAAAAGCACCAUUUGAUGGAUGAGAUAAAUGAUGAAGUGAGGCAUUGUCAUGCUGAACUAACAUGGUCCGAACUCAGUGGUGAAGUUAUGGUCAGACCUGCAACCACAUUAUUCAGUCUAGGUAGACUAAAGAUCAGGACUUGGCGGGAAGACGUUUCCACAUCAUUCUCUACCAUCAGGUCUAAAUACAAAGUCACCCCAUUGAAAGUGGAUCCCAUAGUGUGGGACACCAUAAAAAACAGUUUAGAAGAUGACAAGAUUUUGAUUGAAUUUAAUACACUUAAGGGAGUUGUAAUCUUAGUGGGGAAAUCAGAGGAUGUACAAAACAUUGAGCCACAAAUCAAGGAAUUAAUAGAAAGUACAACUCAAAAAAUUAGAAAAGAAGAGCAAAGUGUAAAGGAAAAAGUGGCCAUUUCUCCAAGAAGGUAUUUUCUUUUGUGUCACAGUGGUGCCCUGGAGGGUCUCCACACUGAGUGCCCAGAGAUGGAGAUGUCUUAUGAUGAAACUUCUCAACACAUGAGCUUCAAAGGACUCCACACAGAUGUAUAUAAAGUAAAGUGUGAAAUACAGAAAAAGAUACUCACCAUGGCUCAAAAAAACAUCCAGCUUCCCCCUGAGAUUUUCCAAUUUUUGCAAAAAGUAGACCAUAUAGAAUUCUCUAAGUCUUUUUUUAUAGCACAGAAAAUUCUUGCUGUUUAUGAGCUAGAGGGUACAGCUGUUCUCCUAACCAGCUAUUCCUCUGAAGUCCUAUUAGAUGCUGAAAAGCACAUGGUCAGUGCCUUAAGUUAUAGGCGCAUAGACAUUGAGGACAGGGAAAUUCUUAAUAACAAGAAAUGGAAAGGGCUCACUCGCAGUUUGCAUAAGAAACCUAAUUCCUCAUCACAGACUGUAAUAAUCCAUCAGUUAACUUCAGGAAGCAAAGCUGAGGUUGUUAUCGCAGGCUGUGUGGGAGAAGUGAACGAAACCUAUAGCUUGCUUAUUGAAUUUGUGGAAGAACACACGAAAAUAGAGAGAUUGGUUGCAAUAGAGUCUUCCAUAAUCAUAGAUUAUUUGAAGAUAGAAAAAAAGCCAUUCUUGCAAAAGAUAAAGAAGACAAAUGUCCAAGUAAUUUUCAAUGCUGAGAAUAAACAAAAAGGCAUUUUACUAAUUGGCCCAAAGGCCAAAGUCCUGGAUGGCGUGCACAUCAUCAGGCAAGCCUGGGAUUCCAUCUGUGUUGAAAGCAUCCAUAUUGAUAAGCCAGGAGCCAGCCAGUUCUUCCGGGAAAAAGCACAGUACUAUAAAAGUGAAGUCAAACGGUUAUUUGGAUGUUUUAUUGAACUACAGGAGAAUGGAGGGAAGAAGGAGGCAGGUGGCACUGAUGGGCAGAAGUGCUCCUUUCGGGCAGAGCUGGCCCCUGGAGUCUCCCUGAUUGUGCAACAGGGCGACUUGACACAGUUUCCGGUGGACGUGGUGGUGAGCACCACAAAUGAGGACCUGAAGCUCUGUGGUGGCCUAGCAGCUGCUCUUUCUAAAGCAGCUGGCCCUGAGCUCCAAGCAGACUGUGACCAGAUAGUAAAGAAGAUGGGCAAGAUCCUACCUGGUCAUGCCGUCAUCUCCAAAGCAGGAAAGCUCCCAUACCAGCAUGUGAUUCAUGCUGUGGGGCCCAAAUGGAAGGGAGAUGAGGCCCUGAAGUGUGUGCUCCAGUUAAAGAGAGCUGUAGAAGAAAGUCUCCAUCUGGCUGAAAACUACAGGUACCGAUCCAUAGCCAUCCCUGCUAUCGGUUCCGGAGUCUCUGGCUUUCCCUUAGUCCGCUGUGUGAGGACUAUUGUUUUGGCUAUCAGGAAAACCUUCCAGCUUAACCAGAAUAGAAACAUCUUGAAAGAGAUUUACCUUGUGGAUACAGCAGAGAAGGCUGUGGAGGCCUUCGCAGAGACAGUGAAAAAUGUAUUUGAAGACCUGGUGCCUGCCGCUGCUUCGCAGCCCAGUUUACCUGCAGCAGCCCAGCCUGGCUUGACAACAGUUCAUGGAAACAGACAAAUUUCUUCGUUGACCCAGGGAAACCUGAGGCUCCUGCUGGUGAAAGGGGAUGUGCGGAGUGCUAUGGCUGAUGUUCUUGUCAACUCCAUUCCCAUGGAUCUUGAGCUUAAUAGAGGGCCCCUUUCUCAGGCCAUCUUGGCAAAAGCUGGGCCAAAGCUCCAGGAGGAACUGAACAUUGUCGGACAAACAGCAGUUAUUGACACGGGCACAGUUCUCCAAACCAGCGGAUACGGUCUGCACUGCCGCCGUGUGCUUCAUGUGGUGGCUCUGAACUGGAGAGACACCACAUCUUCAUACAAGGUCAUGGGAGACAUAAUCAGAAAAUGUUUGGAAAUCACUGAGAGCUUAUCCUUGAGAUCAAUUGCAUUCCCAGCCAUAGGAACAGGAAAUUUGGGGUUUCCUAAAACCACUUUUGCUGAAUUAAUCAUUUCAGAAGUGUUAAAAUUUGGUAGCAAGACUCAACUGAAAACUUUACAAGAGGUUUACUUUCUGCUGCACCCGAGUGAUCAUGAAAAUAUUCAGGCAUUUUCAGAUGAAUUCACCAGAAGGACUAAUGGAAAUUUCGUCAGUGACAAAAUUCCCAAGGCUGAAGAUAAACAAGUUCUCUCUGGGACUGUGUUUAGCCCAAAUGUAGGAAAGCGUGAAAUGAAGAUUGGUCCCAUCGUCUUCCAGGUGGCCUUUGGAGAUAUCACCAAAGAAGAGGCAGAUAUGAUUGUAAAUUCAACAUCAAAGACUUUUAAUCUCAAAGCAGGGGUAUCCAAAGCAAUUUUAGAAUGUGCUGGACAAAAUGUGGAAAUGGAGUGUUCUCGCCAAGUUCAAAAGGGCAACAAUGAUUAUAUAAUUACUGAAGGUGGAUUACUGAAGUGCAAGAAUAUUAUUCAUGUUAUUGGCGGAAACGAUGUCAAGAGAUCAAUGUCCUCUAUUUUACAAGAGUGCGAAAAACGGAAUUACUCAUCCGUUUGCCUCCCAGCCAUUGGGACAGGAAAUGCCAAUCAAGACCCAGCUGGGGUUGCUGAUGCCAUAAUUGAUGCCAUUGAAGACUUUAUCCAGAAAGGACUUGUACAGUCUGUGAAAAAUGUUAAAGUGGUUAUUUUUAUGCCUUACCUACUGGGUGUGUUUUGGGACAGCAUAAGAAAAAGAGAACAAUCGCUGACUUCUCUCCGACAGUCUCUAAAGUCUAACGUAACAUCACUUAUGGAUUCCCUGCAUCAAUCUCCCCAAAAGCAGAAUCCUUUGGUUUUGAAAAAGAAAACAGAAUUAGCAACUUUUCAGGUGUGUGGUGAAAACGUAAAAUGUGUGAAAAACGCUCUCACCUGGAUACAGGAUCUGAUUACAAAGGAACUGUGUCCUUACACUAAUGAAGAUGAAUGUAUCAAAGAUUUUAAUGAAAAAGAGUAUCAGAAAUUGAAUGAGCUGCAGGAGAACUUAGAUAUUGUCAUUUGCUUGGACAGUGAAAAACCUCUGAUUGAAGUUUUUGGAAUUGGCAAAGAUGUGACCCAGGCUAGAAAUGCAAUUGAGGAAAUGAUCAAGAGAAUCAGAUUGGCCAAAGAAGAGAAAUCCCAGGCAGAUUUUAUCAGUGAAUUUAUAGAAUGGCAAUAUUAUGACAAAGACACUUUUCAUAGUUUUAACAAAAGAGUCAAUCUGCAAUUGGAGAAUGCAAGGAAAGCAAAGCAAAGGCUAGCUGUUGUUGAAGUUAAUCAUCAGAGCUACACCGUGGACCUGUGCAAGAACACUGCUACAGAUGGAAAAGGAUGCAGUUUGCCUGUUCGGCGCCUGAUGAAAUCUGAAGCUGGGAUCCCCAAACACUGGAGUGAUAUGAAACAGCAGGAUGUCUGUGUGGUUGAGCUACAGCCUGGUCAUGCAGAAUAUGACACAGUCGCAAGCAAGUUUAAUCAGACCUGCUCGCACUUCUACAUAGAGAAGAUUGAGAGGAUCCAGAAUCCAGAUCUUUGGAAUAGCUACCAAACAAAGAAGAAAGCCAUGGAUGCCAAGAAUGGACAUAAAAACAAUGAAAAGCAGCUCUUCCAUGGGACAGAUGUUGACUCGGUGCCACAUGUCAACCGAAAUGGCUUUAACCGCAGUUAUGCUGGGAAGAACGCUGUGGCAUAUGGAAAAGGAACGUAUUUUGCCGUCACAGCCCGUUAUUCUGCCAAUGAUAUAUACUCCAGACCAGACAGAAAUGGGAAAAAGCAUAUGUACUAUGUGCGAGUACUUACUGGAACGUACACAAAUGGAAAUCAGUCACUAAUUGUGCCUCCACCAAAGAACCCUGACAACCCUACUGACCUGUAUGACAGUGUCACAGAUUGUGUGAAUAAUCCAGGGUUAUUUGUGGUAUUUUAUGACUAUCAGGCUUACCCAGAGUAUCUCAUUACUUUUACACAUUAACAUUUUGGUAUCCUUCCCAGAAGACAUUGCUCAUCUACACAUACUGAGUUAUAAAACAAGUUUAUAUAUUUUCUUUUCCUCUUAACAGCUUUUUCUAAGAUCAAAGGAUCCUUGUCACUGCAAUCAGACUUUCUUCAGCUUCUCCUUCAUAACUGGAAUGAACCUAUCUUGAAAGCAAUACAUUUGAGAAUUUAAAAUCAGAUAAACUAAGACCGCACUAACUGUGUGUCCAAACUGUGGACAUCAAAUCUGUAGAAGGAAAGAACAGGUUGUAUUUUUAGGAAGGAAAGAAUAAUGUUCAUCUUAAAGGCAGAGGGCACAGCUAUGCAAUUUCAGCUGCUGCUGAAGGAGGCAGCUGGUAUCACGUCGGAAUGCCAUAUUCCUUGAGGAACACAGUAUUACUGAGGGACAGGACUGCUGAUUUCCCUGAGGAAAUCCCUGGGCUGAUGUCUGUGCCUGGUGUAAAUAGAUGCUCCAGAAAUGUUUCAUAAACCAACUGAGAAAGAGAAAUCACAGUCAGACUCUGACCCAAAAGUCAUCUCUUUUACAUCCUUGAGUUGUCACUUUGCCUUAAAUUGAAGAUUCCACGUCAGGGAACUUUGUUCUUCAUGAAUAGAGCCAUGGCACGUGGGACAGCUCCAGUCAAGCUUCUGGGAUCACAGUGCAGAUGUGCCCCACAUGGAUCAGGGGCUGGGGUCUAGCUUGUGGCCCAAGGGAGUUGUGUCUCAUACACUUGAGCAGCAGAGCAGCCCUGGCUGGAUGCUGACCCCAAACCUGCCUUCAUCUAACUGCUGUUGGUCUUAGUUCUGCCCAGUGACAACAGUGACAUAAGCCUGCCACACUUUAAGCAUGAAACCCUUCUACUAUGUUAAGUGAAUUCUAAUGUUAUUAAAUAGCAUAUUUUCUUUAUGCACUCAAUUUUGAUGAUUUUAAAGACUUGUACAUAAAUAAACCAAAGGAAUCAAGCAGUCAUA